CUGUCUGCACACUGACUCAUGUCAUUUACAGAUUAGUGUUCACUUGCGCUCAGUCAAACGCUUUAUCGAUGUCAGCGCUUAAAAAUGAGACAGACGCACUGAUUUGUGUGUUCAUUUAUUUAUUUAUAUUAAACAUUAUAUAAUGGCGACGGAAUGCACGCAAGAAUCCGUUCUGGACUUUCUAUUAGAAAAUGGGGGGCGUGUAAAAAACAAAGUCUUAAUCGAGCAUUUUAAAGUAUUUCUGGGUAGCGACAAUCCUAAGAAGACGUUGUUUAAAGAGAGAUUUAAGCGAUUUAUUGACAAUAUCGCGUAUGUCAAGCAGGAGGAUGGAGAGAAAGUGGUGUGUUUGAAGAAGAAAUACAGAGAGACGCGGAGGGGACGCGCGCUGGAUGGCGAUGAAGACAUCAGCAGAGGAAUAAACGCGUUACAGUUUAAAGAAAACGUCAGUGUUGAUGAAGAAAUACACGGAAAAUGCCACGUGAGUGAGAAAUCUGAGGCGACAGAGACGUCGGAUGAGAAUAUGAUCGUCGCUGAAUCUGAAACGCCCGACGCGUUGUUGUGCAUUUCAGACAUCGCAUUGAUCGAGAAAAACGAUUCGCAGGAGACCUUCAAUGACCCAGAAUCACAUGAUCUGGAGCUCUCCGAUAGACAGUCAACUGGAAAACGGGAAUGUGGUGCAGGAGAAGCUCCUCACGCCUCCAAGAGCGUCCCGAUCCGACGGAGAACAUCGAGAGGAUCUCAGCGCAGUUUGCUGGCCUCCGAAGAUGGACUUCAUGUCGGACAGUGUGAUGGGUUGGGCACGGACGCCACCCCGAAAGGCAGCCGUAAGACCUUCAUUGAGCUCAUGAAGAGCAGUUCUCCACAGGUGAGACGUUCACUGGUACAUCUCGAGCAGCACAUCUCCACCAGAAACUGCGACUUCAUCUCGUCCUCAGUGGAUGAGGAUUGUGCCUGUGUAACCUUAGACCCUGUUGAGCACGAGUGGAUGGUGUGUGCAGCAGAUGGUGAAUGGGGCACCCUCCAGCGUUUGCUCGGCUCUGAACCCUCGCUCAUCCUGAAGAAGGACUUCAUCACCGGUUUCACCUGUCUGCAUUGGGCAGCCAAGCAGGGCAAACACGAGCUGUUGGCCAUGCUGGUGAAUUUCGCCAAGCAGCACAACGUUGUCAUCAACAUGAACGUGCGCUCCAGUGCCGGAUACACCCCCCUACACCUGGCCGCCAUGCACAACCAGAUAGAGGUCAUGAAGCUGCUGGUGGGGGCUUACGACGUUGAUGUGGACGUGAGGGAUUACAGCGGGAAGAAAGCAGCCCAGUACCUCCGAGCCACAGUCACUGGAGACAUCAAGGACAUCAUAGGGGCUUGUGAGAACUCGGAUGGGGAGAAUGCACCUGGUGCCUGCCGAUGGUGGCUUCCUAAAGUCCUACCGUCCAACCUGAACCCGCUGCGCUUAUUAAACUCCCUGGAUGACACGUCAACGGAUGGCCAGCCGAAGGCCCGGGGUCUGUACCGCAGGUCGUCCAUCGGUCGUAUCAGAAUCCAGAGGAACAGAUUUAAGACACAAAUUGUCCACAGCACUUCAUUUAGAGAGAAUGAUGAGAGAGAGAAUUCACUCAAGAGUCCUGUCAAAUCAAGGCCCUUAUCAAAUCUGUUCGGUUGAAGCAGAACUUUUGCCAUCACCGUAGAAUUUGUAACAUCCAUAUGAAAAAAUACUGUAGUUUUUACUAUAGUAGUAGUAUUGGAGUAAUAUUUACUAUAGUAAACUGCAGUUAAAUACCUAGAUACUGUAGUGUUUUAAUACUUUAUCAUAGUAAAUCUUAAAGUACAGUAUUUACUACAAUUUUAUAUAUGCUAGUUACAGAAUAGCGUGUGCUAUUGUUUCACAAUUUACUGCAAGUUGCUACAGUUUACUCCUCUACUGAAAUAUCCAGCUAAGACCAGCAUGAGCCGGUAGCUGAUUAAAGGUGACAGUAGCUGGUUUAAGCUGGUAUUCCCAGUCUGGCAUAGCCUGACCAGCUAAGUCCAUCUUAAAAAGUGACCAAAACACAGCUACUCCAACAAAAUCAGCUCACCAGCUUUUUUUCAGUAGGGAUAGUAAAUAUUAAAGUAUACUAUAGUAUUUUUUAAUGUGGGUAGUUACAUAUAUAAUAUAACCUAUGCAAAUAUUAUUUGUGGUACUAUGACACUAAACAAUUCACUGAGAUACGGGAACAAUUUGGCAUUAAGUUGAAAUGCUGCCAUUAUUUACAAACCCCUCGUGUCAAAGGUGCAGUGUGAGGAUUUUUAUUUAUUUAUAAAGAUUUAUAAUACAGGGCAUAACUUAGGGCUGGGCGAUAUUGACCCAAAUUCACAUCUCGGUAAUUUUAGACCGAAUGAUGUCGUGCGGUAAAUAUCUCAGUAUUUUGAGGAAAUAAAUGUUUACAUGUAAGUCAAAGCCUCCUGUGAUACCUUUAAUAUGAUGAAUCAUAGACAUUGGUUUCCUCACUGUUUGGAAAUAUACAGCUACACAACAUGUUUACGUCUGACCUGACAGAGCUUCUGUUGCAAAAGAGGCUCAUAUAACAGCAUAAUAAUAUAGACACUAUUGUAUCAUCCCAUAUCCAAUUGGGAAAAAAGACAAAUAUAUUACCAAAACUUACCGCCCAGCCCUAUUGCAUAACUUUUAUGAAGUUGAAACUUGUAGGGUGCUUUUGUUCUUUUUCUAGAUUUUUCCCUGUUUGAUUCCACAGAAACAACAGCACAGAGAUUUAGAUCAACAGUCAUCUUUAGUUCUGUCUGAGCUGUUGUUUUAAGAUUGAAUCAAUCUUCUAGCUGGGAUAUAUAUAUAUAUAUAUAUAUAUAUAUAUAUAUAUAUAUAUAUAUAUAUAUAUAUAUAUAUAUAUAUAUAUAUUUAUAUAUUACAUGUAUAUGAAUAUAAAUGAUAAUAAUACAGAUUAUUUCACAAACAGUCUUGGCCACACUGAUGCACUUUUUAAUUUAAUUCUUUUUAACUUAACAGUUAAAGUUUCUCUGUAGCAUGUUAUUUUCUCCUGGUUCAGACUUUUAAUGAUGGUCUUCCAGAUGUUGAAACAUUUAUUGUGACUGUUAUUAUCCUAUAAAUGUGAAUAUGUAAAGCUGCUGGUUCAUAUAGUUUUAACCCAUACAUUGAUUUAGACACUUUUAGGCUAUUAUGACAUGUUUAAAGUGAAUAUAAAGUGUUUUUAUAUGCCUAAUAUGAAUCCCAGAUCACUGUGUUUUAAUGAUUUAAAGUGCCUUUUUAAUAAUAAAGAAACCAUUGUGAAUAGUGUAAUUUUCCCAAUAAUCACACUUAAAUAUUUUAUAACAUACACACCCCAACAAAUAUUUGUUAUCUUUUGAAAUAUUUCAAGUUUUUAUUUCUUCCUGUAUACAUUUCUCAGAUAAUAACAGAAAUCCUGUUGUAAAGUGACUCUGUCUGCUGUUUUGGGUGUGUAAAACUCUAGGUGUGUUUUUUUUUGUUAGGGCUGGGUUGUAUAUUGAGUUUUACAUUUUUAAACAGGGAGGAAUGAAGCUUUGACUUGCAUGCAAACAUUUUCCACUUUGUAGAAAAUAUUUAUUGUGUAUCGUCAUCUUUAAAUGACCGAGAUUUGAUUUUUGGUCAAAAUCACCCAGCCCUACAGUUAGUUCAGAAACAUCACACGUCUUCUCAACUAAAUGCAUCGUUUGACGUGUUUACAGUAUGUCUUUAGCACAGAUGGUGCCAGAUACACUAGACGCUUAGAUUUAUUAUUGCAGUUUAGUGGUUAUAAAUAUUAUGAGCUAAUUGACUUGGAAGACACCACAAAUGAUUUGCUGUGAAAUUACACUUCAGUUUACUCUCUGUUAUGUGUUCAUAGUUUAUUUGUUUUGAUCAUUGUGUUUGAGAUGCAUUAAAGUUUCUCACAAUAUGGUGAACAGAUUUGUUUUGUAGUUCGUUUCUUAAAUGUAUGUUGUAUGUGAGGACUAUUGUUUUGGUAUUCUGCUGUACCUGUAGAGAACUUUGGAGUGAGUUGCGGGUUAACAUGUUAUGUGUGUGUGUGUUUUGGGGUUAAGUCUCUUGGUCUCUUGGUUUAUUUUGCCCAUUAAAGUCAUUAAUCCUGUUUAA